GCAAUUUGGUUCAGCAUGGAAUUAAAUAUAAAAGUAUAUUAAAAUAUGCAACAGCAAAAAUAUUAUAAAGUGCAAUAGUGUAAAGUGACCUGUGGAAUUAGGAAUUGUUCAAGUAUAAAUAGAAGUUUAGAGUUCCGUUUGAUUUAGAGUUUGGAUUUGGAGGUCAGCAGUCUGGUGGCCUGGGGGAAAAAGCUGUUACAGAACCUGUUGGUCCUGCACUGAAUGCUAUGGAACCUCUUUCCAGAGGCCAGGAGGGAGAACAGUCCAUAGUGAGGGUGUGAGGGGUCACUGAUGAUGUUUCUGGCUCAGAACAUGCAGUGCUUAGGUGCGAUGUCCUGAAUGGAGGGAAGAGAAGUCCCAAUGAUUUUCUCUGCUGUCCUCACCAUUCUCCUCACAUUCUUCCAGUCAGAGGCACUGCAGCCUCCACACCACACAGAGAUGCAGCUGGUCAGAACACUCUUUAUGGUGCUUCUGUAGAAUGUAGUGAGGAUGGGCGGGGGCAGGUGAGCUCUCCUCAUCCUACACAGGAAGCGCAGACGCUGCUGUGCCUUCUUGACCAGUGACAUGGUGUUCACAGACCAGGUGAAGUCUGUAAUGUGCACUCCCAGGAACCUGGUGCUAUUGACCACCUCCACAGCCGUGUUGUUGAUGAGAAGUGGAGUGUGGCUGGGCCGGUUCUUCCUAAAGUCGACAAUGAUCUCUUUGGUUUUGUCCAUGUUCAAGAUUAAGUUGUUUUCUCUGCACCAGCCCACCAACUGCUCCACCUCUUCUCUGUAGGCCAGGUUUUUGUCGUCCCUGAUGAGGCCCACCACUGUUGUGUCGUCCGCAAACUUCACAGUGUGGUUGCUGGCAGCCCUGGGGAUGCAGUCGUGUGUCAUCAGAGUGAACAGCAGAGGCCUCAGGACACAGUCCUGAGGGGAGCCUGUGCUAAGGGUGAUGACACUGGAGGUGUUCUGUCCAACCCGCACUGACUGUGGUCUUUCAGUGAGGAAGUCUAGCAGCCAGUUGCACAGGUGGGUGCUGAAGCCCAGGGGACCCAGGUUGUUCAGCAGAUGCUGUGGAAUGAUGGUAUUACAGUUUUUCUCAAUUGGUUUGGCUCAUUUCUUGAAACUGAGAUGACAUUCUCAAAAUAACAUGGACAAAUCCCCAAACCCACUUGCAAUUUCUCACAACAGAUUGGCAUUUCUCAUUGCUUUCAUCAAAUUGCAAAUCCUUUGUACAUGUCUCAAGUGUCUAGUGCAUCCUUGCAAAUGGUUAUGUACAAGUGGCCCACAGUUAACACAAUCAUCCCACAUUUAGCACAACUUCCAAAUGAAUAGAUGUUCGUAAUCCAUCCCAAUUAGCUGUUUCUCAAUGUACUGUAAUGGUCGUUCCCUCCAAAACAUGUCAGAACAAUUUCAUCGUAUAAGUCAUCAUAUGCAGAAUAGUCUGCUCAAUUGUCAAAAUUAGUCAAGGACAUAAUACAAUAUAGUAUAUAUAUUUUUGGAAGAUUUUGGAAGAUUUUUGGAAUAAAUACAUGGCAGCCAGGUGAAUAAGUGACAGGUGAAUUCAGGUUUUGACUAACGAUGGAGGAGUUUCCCACAUCACAGAUGACCAAUCCAACAGUUUGUGGAGUUACCUGGCAGGUGUUGUGUAUGACUAUGACUGCUGCCAUACAUGUAUACUGUAUAUAGAGCUUGGCCUGGUGCCAGUACUAUUUGCAGAGUGAACAUGGAGGAACCUCAACAAGGACAACUUCCAGCUGGAGGAAGGGGAAGAGGAAGAGAAGGAGGAGGAAGGAGAGGAAGAGGAAGAGGAGAAGGGGUGCGGAUGCGUGGUGGUGGAGUAGGGGGAAGAGGGCGAGGAGUGCGUAGGCAUCACACUGUCCCCGAUGAAAUUUGAGCCACCAUUAUUGAUCAUGUAGUCAAUCAUGGCCUAACCAUGGCAGAGGCAGGGCGCCGAGUGCAGCCUAACGUGCCACGCUCUACAGUCUCCUCCAUCAUACAACCCUUUCGCAGGGAAAACAGAAUUGGGCGACAGCCUCCUUUGGGCGGUAGAAGGAGAUUGCUUACAGAUCCCCAGGAACAAGCCAUCUGCAACAUGGUUAUACAAAACAAUGCCAUCACACUCACACAGAUCUGCAAUGCAGUCCUUCAAGACGAAUCCAUCUUCCACAAUAUCAACUCCAUUAGCAUCUCAACCAUAGACCGGGUACUGAAGAGAAAUCAUAUGACCAUGAAACAAAUAUACAGGGUACCAUUCGACAGGAAUACAGAGAGGGUGAAAGAACUGCGGUACCAGUAUGUGCAGAGAAUAAUGGCAUUGGAGGGGAUUGAAACACCUCAUCUCCUGGUGUUUGUAGAUGAGGCUGGUUUCAAUCUGGCCAAGAGCCGCAGGCGCGGACGUAACAUCAUUGGCCAGCGGGCCACAGUGGACGUCCCGAGUCAAAGAGGGGGAAAUAUUACAAUGUGUGCGGCCAUUUCUGACAAUGGUGUGGCCACACGUAUUGCAAGCCUGGGCCCGUACAACACUCAGAGGCUCCUCCUCUACCUGGACCGUCUGUAUAUGGAUUUAGUCCCCGAAAAUGAAAGGGGUCUCGAAGCACCCCACCUACCACAGUUUGUCAUUGUGUGGGACAAUGUGAGCUUUCACCGUGGCCCACUCAUCAGAGCAUGGUUCAACAGCCAUCCAAGGAUGCGUAAUGUGUUUUUACCACCAUAUUCGCCGUUUCUCAAUCCUAUUGAAGAGUUUUUCUCUGCUUGGAGGUGGAGAGUUUAUGAACGCCACAUUGGGGAUCAGAGGUCUCUCCUCAAUGCGAUGGAUGCUGCCUGUGAAGACAUCACAGGCGAUCAGUGUCGGGGUUGGCUAAGACAUUCACGCCGCUUCUUCCCACGCUGCAUCGCAAGGGAGAACAUCCGGUGCGAUGUAGAUGAAAAUCUGUGGCCAAACAGAGAGCAGUGGAUGGAUGGCCAGGAGGAUGAGGAUGGUGACCAGGAGAGGGUGGGGGAAGACGGCAACAGCGACUAGUCCAAGUGUUUCAUUUCUGGAACUUUAUUGCUUUUUUGGUUCAUGUUUAUAUUUUGCCAUACAGCCUUUCAGCGUGAGGACACAUGAUAUCACAUGCAGAAGGUCAAUGCAUAUUUUCCUUUUACCUAUAUUCUCUGUACAUAAUGCAGUAAUGCAUGCAAUUUGGUUUGUGUGAAAAUUGUGUGAAUAAACAAUUUCCUUGGCGAAAUGAGUGCACUGUGUGUGGUGUCAAACUUUGGAGGCUGCUCUCACUGUAAAACCCUAUUUCUCCAGUUUUAUAUAUAAUAGUAUUCCUUUAGCUAGACCUCUGACAAAAUGUCUAAGCAUUUUGACUUGCAGUGCUUACACAAUGCCAAAGGGACAAUGCAUUUUGGGGGCAUUGACUAUUUAUUUGAGAAGGAUAUUUAGUUUUGACACAUGGGUAAACUGUUUUGGGAGAGAU